UUUGUUUCUGCUUUUAUGGUGAGAGUAAAAAACUGGUUCAGCGGGAGAAAGCGAUUAGCCGCGCCGCUAAUGAAGUGCAGAUGAGACUUGAAAAGAGCAAUUUGCUUUGAACGCAGCUCUGAGGCCUUCGCUGCAGCAACUCCCUGCACCCUCUGUGGAUGUGACCCCCGUUUCCCCCGACGCCCCACAAUAAUCAUGACGCUGGGGGGAUGAGCUCGCUGCACAUGAUGGAACUGAAGGUUUGGGUCGAUGGGGUGCAAAGGAUCGUUUGUGGGGUGACUGAGGUGACAACGUGCCAAGAGGUGGUGAUCGCCCUCGCUCAGGCCAUCGGCCGCACUGGGAGAUACACGUUGAUAGAGAAAUGGAGGGAGACCGAGAGGCAUUUGGCCCCCCAUGAAAACCCGGUGAUAUCCCUGAAUAAGUGGGGACAGUAUGCAAGUGAUGUUCAGCUGAUACUCAAGCGCACGGGACCCUCACUUGGAGAGAGACCCACCUCAGACAGCAUCGCACAUGUACCCGAAAGGACUUUAUAUAGACAGAGCCUCCCCCCUCUGGCCAAGCUGAGGCCUCAGAACGACAGGUCCAUAAGGAGGCGAGAGCCAAAAAGGAAAUCCUUGACCUUCACUGGGGGUGCUAAGGGGCUGAUUGAUAUUUUCGGCAAAGGCAAAGAGUCGGAAUUUCGGCAGAGGGUCCUGAACAACUGCAAGACCACAGCCGAAGAGCUGAAGAAGUUGAUCCACCUGCAGAACGAGAAGCUUCUGUCGCUGGAGAAGAAACUGGACUCCAACGAAGCCGAGACCCGGUACUGGCAGCAGAAGCACAGGUCCAACCUGGACGAGGAGAUGGUCCGCCUGGAGCAAAAGAUCAAGAGGAACGAGGUGGAAAUCGAGGAAGAGGAAUUCUGGGAAAACGAGCUGCAGAUCGAGAUGGAGAACGAGAAGCAGCUGAAGGAGCAGCUGGAGGAGAUGAAGCAGAGGAUCUCGCAGUGCGAGCGCCAACUCAAAGCCUAUCAGGCCCAGAUCUGGACCAUCGAGAGCGGCAUAGAGGCCGAGAAACUUCAGUUGGAGGACAAGGAGGCCCAGAUCAACGAGGGGAUAAUAAGGGGGAAGAUCGAGAAGGCGAAAGGGAACCUGGAAGUCCAGGGCCAGGAGAGCGUGAGGAUUGAAAAUGGCAAUAAGGCGGUGGAGAGAUCUUUGGGCCAGGCGGCCAAACGACUGCUGGAUCGGGAGCAGGAACUGGAGCAGCUCACAAAAGAGCUUCGCCAGGUGAAUCUGCAACAGUUUAUCCAGCAAACCGGGACCAAGGUUACCGUCCUGCCGGCCGAGCCGAGUGACACCGAGUUCCCCCAGCUGGAGAAAGAACCAGCCUUUCAAUCUGGAUCACUGAAGCGACCCGGAUCCUCUCGCCAACUUCCCAGCAACCUCCGCAUCCUACAGAACACGCUGACGUCCGGCUUCAACCCGGAAGGAAUCUACGUAUAAACAUGUACUGCUGUUGCAGAUUGUGGGAGGAGCCCCAAGGGACCGCCCCCGAGGUUUUCCUGUAAAUUCCUUUGAAAUUAAAAGGAACUGGGUGUGGGGGGGCCACUCAUAGCCCCACCCCCAGCCGUUGUAGCCAAUCCAGCAGCAGGAGCAAUGUAACCACGCUGAACUAUUGAGGAUCAAAUAGAGACUGUGCUUGGGGCGGUCACAGAGCGUUUGGCGAGAUUUUAUGUUAUCGCUUGUGUAUUCUUUCUGAUAUACCAGUCUCCAAAGUAUUAUAUUUAAUGUGUAUCAGAGAAAGAGAGAGAAAGAGGCUUCUCCGGAAAGCAACAUGGAGUCGCUCGCAGUCUCUCCAAUGUGUAUAGAGGCACUGAAAGUGAUAUAUAUAUAUUUUCAUAUGCUAGUGAGUUUUCUAACGCAACCAGUGAUUACAAGAGAUUUGUAACAUUUCCGCACACGAUCAGUAUUUCAUAUCUCCAGCCGUGACAGUAUUAUCUCCCCCCCCCCCCGUGGUUGGCCGUAGCCCUUUGCGGUUGGAUGUUAUUUUCUUUUCCAGAUUAUUGGCACAGUGUUAAUUCAGGAAGCUGUCGGCAGGAAUAGGCUGUGAUGGCGAUUGUCAUGUAUGUCAUUUACACGUAUGUACAGGGAAAGUGCCUGGCUCUUUAUUAAGCCGUAUAGAAAUUAUGCAGAGACACUUUAAUAUGGAUCAGUUUUGCCCCAAUACUUACCCAGGUACAGAGCUCUGAUUCUCUGUACUUCCUGCUCCUGGGCUGUUCUCUUUCCCAUGGUCAGACAGGAACCUCCCCCUGGGUAAGUGAAUCUCCCCCAGUACUUACCCAGGUACAGAGCUCUGAUUCUCUGUACUUCCUGCUCCUGGGCUGUUCUCUUUCCCAUGGUCAGACAGGAACCUCCCCCUGGGUAAGUGAAUCUCCCCCAGUACUUACCCAGGUACAGAGCUCUGAUUCUCUGUACUUCCUGCUCCUGGGCUGUUCUCUUUCCCAUGGUCAGACAAAACCCUCUCCUUGAGUAAAUGAAUCCAGUCACCCUAGUACUUACCCAGGGAUUCUCACAACUUCCUGCUUCUGGGCUGUUCUCUUUCACAUUGUUCGGCAACCUAUUCCCGGCCUAAAAACUAAAUCGCAGAUGCUGUGACAUGAAUGUAGCUGUAGCAGCCCAGUGAGAUCAUUGUGGUCCAUAUAAGAGAGCAGUCGGCCCCCCUGAUGUUCAAGACUGCACCCACCCAAUAGUGAUUUGGCGACCAAAAAGCAGAAUAUGGGGUGGUUCAUGGACUAUAGUAAAUUCAGUUGUAUCCAACUUGUGUUCCCGAGAGCUGUGGCUGCCGCAGGUUGAUAAAAGACUUGUGAUGGGCCCCGGGGCCCCUGCCUCACUGAAUAUCAGUGUAUAAUUAGAGACACAAGCAGAGCACCAAUAAGAAUAGCUUAAAUAUAUAUAUAUAAUUGUGGCAGUUGGGCUGGUAGUGCUGACACUUAAGGAUUUGAUGGCAUUUUUUGAGGGACAAUCAUUAAAAUAAAUAAAAAUAAAAAAUAUAUAUAUAACCGGA